AUGGAUAUAAUACUUGAUGACAGUAUACUAACAACAACUCUUGGUGCAAUUUUCAAUUUGCAAGAUUUUCGAGUAAGUAUCUGUUCAUGGUAGAAUAGUUUAUCAUCAUCUUAAUUUCCAAAUUUUUCAGAAUGCUUUCUUGUGGGCUCUUAUUGUUGGAAUAUGUUUGGCGUUUUUGUUGGGUUUUGGAAUGGGAGCAAAUGACGUGUCAAAUGCAUUUGGAACAUCAGUUGGAAGUGGAGCAUUAACAUUAAUACAAGCCUAUAUUUUGGCAACUAUUUUUGAAACUCUGGGUUCUGUUUUAGUGGGUGAGUGACAUAUACAAAAAUAGGAAAAAACCCGAUUCUCGGCUUGAAAAUAAAAAUAAAAUAUUCUAGGUUAUAAUGUAAUUGAUACGAUGCGAAAAGGAGUGGUUGAUGUCGCUGUCUACAAUAAUUCAGCAGCCGAGUUUAUGUUAGGACAAGUUGCAACACUUGGUGGAUGUGCCACGUGGCUUAUGAUUGCCACAUUUUUACAUCUUUCCAGUUUCAACAACUCAUGCAGUUGUUGGAGCAACUUUGGGAUUCUCGUUGACUUGUAAAGGAACUCAAGGAAUUCAAUGGAUGGUUGUUGUAAAAAUUAGUGAGUUUUUUCUGAUAAUUGAAAAAUAAAAGAAAAUUAAUCGAUUAUUUCAGUUGCUUCUUGGUUCAUUUCCCCCGUUUUUGCUGGAACUCUUUCACUUCUCUUGUAUAUUUUUGUAGAUCAUGUUAUUCUGAGAACAGUGAGUUUUUGUUUACCUUAACCGGUCACUGAGAAACCUUAUCGGCUCAAAUAGAUAAGCGUUUUCUUCAAUAUUUUCCUCGGGAACUACAUGAUUUCUUUGUCUUGGACACAACUAAUCCUUUCCGUUUUUCUUCCAGUCGGAUCCUGUCAAAAAUGGAUUAUUCUGGCUUCCAGUCUUCUAUUUUGUUUGCCUUGUUUUCAACACUUUCAUGAUUUCUUAUCAAGGAUCCAGAGUUCUUCAUCUUUCAACAGUUCCACUUUGGAUUGCGAUCGUUUUGAGUUUGGCUUGUUGGAGUUAUUGCAGCAGCUGUUUGUCAUUUCUUGAUUGUUCCAAGAAUUCGAAGAUUUGUCAACAGUUAGUCUCACUAUUUUUUGUUUUUAUCUUCAAAAUUGUGUUCCUUUCAGAAAACAAAACCGAUCGGGAAAAUCGAGUAUCAUCAAUUGUGAUAUCAGUCACUGAAAAUGAAGAAAAAGACAAAAUAACAGUUCGAACUGGAACUACUUCAUCUUCUUCCGAUCAAUAUGGAAGUGUACAUCGACCAAAUACAACACUUGCACAACAUCCAUCGAAAAUCAAAUCAUUCAUUACUUGGUUGUUCCCGGAUAAAACUCAAGUUGAAAGUGAAGAUACCUUGCGAAUGUUCAGCUCAGUUCAAACAUUGACUGCUUGUUUUGCCGGUUUUGCACACGGUGCUAAUGAUGUUUGGUAAGUAUUUGGAAACAUCCUUUUUGAGUUGGAAGUAAAAUUUACCUCGUUUAAGAAUUUGUAUAUUAGUUUUCUUUUUCGUGCAGAAUUAAUAAAUCAAAAAAGAAGAAAAAUUCCAUUUUUAUCAGUGAUUUACGAAUUGAUUAGUUCUUGUUCGCUGAUAAAAUGAAAGAAAAAGUACCCGGAAAGAGCUCGGAAUGAACUCGUCUUUGAAAGAUCGACAACAAAAAAUCAAUGUUUUUCAGUAAUGCAAUUGCUCCACUUGUUGCUCUUAUUGCAAUUUAUCGAGAUUAUGAUGUUUAUCAGAAAAAAGAAACACCACUCUAUGUUCUUUUAUACGGAGUUUUGGCAAUUUGUGUUGGUCUUUGGUGUCUUGGACACAAAGUUAUUCGAACUGUUGGAACAAAAAUGUCGGAAGUCAAUCCAGCAUCUGGUUUUUGUAUUGAAUUCGGUGCAGCUGUUACAGCUCUUCUUGCUUCAAAAUUAGGUCUACCAAUUUCAACAACACAUUGUUUAGUUGGUGCUGUUGUAACUGUUGGUUCAGUUCGAUCAGGAAAAGGUAUCGAAUGGGGACUUUUCCGAAAUGUUGCACUUUCUUGGGUUGUAACACUUCCAGUUGCUGGAGGUUUUGCUGCUUUAUAUAUGUGGCUACUCAAGUUUACAAUUCCAAUACAAUACCGGUAG